GACAUGAUGAAUGAAAUUGAAGAGAAACAUGAAAAGGAGACUGCCGAUGAAUCUGAGGAGGAGAUCGAAAAGGAACUUGAGGGGGAGACUUUGCAGGAAUUUGACAAUCACUCUGACUUCGAGGAGUCUCCGCGGAUCUCGCCAGACUCUAUUAUUCAGGAAAUGAUGAAGUACUUUGACGAGUUCAUUGAAUCGGAGCGGUUAAGGAAAAUUGAUCUCCAAAAAGACCUCCUGAAAAAAGGAGGAGCCAGAACUGCUCUUGAAGUGAACGUGAACAGUGUAAAAAGAGAUCGAUCUCAAUUGGAAGAAAACCUGAAGAAGGAGCGAAAAGAAAAAGAAGUUCUCCCAAUAACUCUCUCUUUGAAUCAAGAGCAAGCUCAAACAUCCGGUCAGGAAGCAACAAUUGAGCACAUGAAGGCAGAAAGGGCUGAUAGCAGGUCAGGGGAAGACCAACAGCAUCAUGAUGCUCAACAGCUGGCUUCUGAGAACAAGACACCAAGAAGCAGACUUGAAGAUGCCCUUCAUGAGAAAGCGCUUGCCCAAAAGCAGCACCAGGAGGACAGAGAGGCUCGCAGCAGACUUGAGGAGCAAGUGAAGAAGGAGGAAGUCUGGUUCUUGCCAGUAAAUAAUCAAUUAGAGAAGCUAAAGAAAGCCCCAGUGGAUAGAGAGGCACUGAUGUGUGACAAGGAAACCCUAAGCCUGCAGAACAAUGAUAUCACAGGAAAAUUAGAGGCCAUGGAAGCUAAGUGUAAAGAAACCGUGUCACAGAAAGAUAAUAUUAUCUUUAAGAAUCAAGCCAUCAUUGUUGAGCUUCGACAUUCGGUCGAUGAGUUAACAGCACAUCUGGAAAAGAGUGAAAGAAAAAACGCCCAAACUGAAGAUGCCCUAAUCCAGCAGCAGAAGGAUGCAGACAAACUGGACAAUAUGACCCAAGAAAACCAACAGUUGGCUUCUGAGAACAAGAGGCUACGAGUUGAACUGGAGGAUGCUCUAAGAGAGAUGCAGCUCGCUGGUGACGCCGCCUUAUCGGAGCAAUUGGUGGAAAGAGAUAAACUAGAGUCUCUAACACGAGAAAAUCAACAAGUUGCCUCUGUGAACGAAAAGCUUCGAAGUGAACUUGUCGAUGCUUUACGUGAGAGACAUGUGACCGACAUCUCCAAGCAGCGUACACUGGACGAUCUGACUGAGGAAAAUAAUCACCUGGCUUCCAAGAGCAGGAGGCUACAAGGUGAACUGGAGGAUGCUCUAAGAGAGAUGCAGCUCGCUGGUGACGCCGCCUUAUCGGAGCAAUUGGUCGAAAGAGAUAAACUACACUCUCUGACUCGAGAAAAUCAACAAGUUGCCUCUGUGAACGAAAAGCUACGAAGUGAACUUGUCGAUGCUUUACGUGAGAGACAUGUGACCGACAUCUCCAAGCAGCGUACACUGGACGAUCUGACUGAGGAAAAUCAUCACCUGGCUUCCAAGAGCAAGAGGCUACAAGGUGAACUGGAGGAUGCUGUAAGAGAGAUGAAGCUCGCUGGUGACGCCGCCUUAUCGGAGCAAUUGGUGGAAAGAGAUAAACUAGAGUCUCUGACUCGAGAAAAUCAACAAGUUGCCUCUCUGAACGAAAAGCUACGAAGUGAACUUGAAGAAGCUUGCAGCAGACUUGAGGAACACGUGAAGAAGGAGAAAGCCAGGUUCUUGCAAGUAACUAAGAAAUUAGCGAGGCUAAAGAGAGGCCAAGCGGAUAGAGAGUCACUCAUGUAUGACAAGGAAACAUGCAGGAUGGAGAACAAGUAUAUCACGGGUAAGUUAGAGGCCACGGAGGCCAAAUAUGACCUUUUAGUUCAGAGAGACAGAGCUCACCCUCGGCGGAAUGAAGAACUCCUGGCACAGAAAGACGAUGCCCUCUUGAAGAACCAAGCCAUCAAGCUCCAAUAUGUAGUCGAUGACCUCAGGACACAACAGUCAGAGAGCAAGAUGAAACAGGCCCAGCUCGAAUACACCCUACGUCAGGAGCAGAUACAAAGGGCCGUCUUGGAGGAGAGAAUUAGUAACACUGCCUCUCUUCAAAAAGAAAAGAAGAAAACCGUUCAUUUGGCCUAUGCUCUUAAAGCAGAGAGGGCCAAAAGUAAGAGAUACAGUUUUGAGCUCACGGAAGCCAAGAUCAAUCAAGUAAAGGUGCAAGAGCGGCAGCAUUUGAGUCCAUCCCUCCACAACCUCUGA